AUGGACGUAACCAGCACUCAUCAUGAGCAACAGAACUCCUCAGCAAAGUUCGUACAGGAUGUUCCUGUGCUUCAGUCAGACGAAACUGGCGAGGAACCAGCUCAGAGUUGGUUAGAGAGAAAGUUGAAGCCUUCCAGAAUCUCCGCGCGGUAUCCAAUCAAGGGGAAACCGCUGCUUUUUGCGACAUGUGCAUUUGGCAGUCUCGGCGAUGCUUUGUUCGGAUACAACUCUGGAAUCAUGUCUGGGCUUCUUGUCAACCCAGUCUUUGUAGCCAGAUUCUACAAGGACUACGGCGGCGCAGACGGAACAACUAAUAAAGUCAACCCUUCCAUCACGGGAAUUUCCGUUUCAUGCCUGCAGCUCUCUGCAGCUCUGGGGGCGCUCAUAGCCGGACCACUGGGCGACAUGAUUGGCAGGAAGAAAUGCGUCCGCCUGGGAGCGUUCUUCUACUUCUUCAGUGCCUUUAUUCAGAUAUUCGCCCCUGGAUUCGACACGUUUAUUGCCGGGCGCACGAUCCAGGGUUUUGGCGUUGGGUUCCUUUCGAUGACGGUGCCCAUCAUUCAGACGGAGAUUGCAGCACCACAUCGUCGUGGUCUCAUGGUUGGAAUCGAAUACACAUUUCUUAUUGCCGGAUACAUGCUCUCGUGCUGGGUGGACUAUGGCUUCAACUUUCUUCUCCCAAGCUCAUUGUCGUGGCAAGGGCCGUUCAUUGUUCAGAUUGGGCUGUCCUUCAUUCUUCUGUCAAUGUCUUUUUUCCUUCCAGAAACCCCGCGUUGGCUGGCGAAACAAGGGUUCAUGAAAGAAAGUCUACAGACAGUGGCAGACUUGCACAGCAAGGGAGACGUUGACGCCCCUCACGUCAAGAGUGUGUUCCUCGAAAUCCAAGAGGCCGUCCGUUAUGAGAGAACACUAGGAUCCUCAAGCUGGAAGGAAAUGUUCACCCGCUAUCGCAAGCGUACAAUUGUCGGCAUCACCGUUCAAAUGUUUGCGCAACUCAACGGCAUCAACAUCAUCUCAUUCUAUCUGCCAAGUACUCUCUCCGCCGCCGGCUUUGACGACCGAAAGUCUUUGCUCUACACUGCUGCCAAUGCCAUACCAUAUACCGCUGCAACCAUCACGACAUGGUAUCUAGCUGAUAAAUGGGGUAGGCGACCACUCUUGAUCCUGGGUGGGUUUGCCAUGGCGGCAUUUCUCGGUGUAGUGUGCGGCUUUACGCAGGCCGACAUGCCAAUCGACAUUAAAGCCAAGGGACAGUACGCAUUUGUCAUGCUAUACAAUAUUGUUUAUGGGUUUACCUGGGGUCCAAUGCCAUGGCUUUUGCCAGCUGAGAUCUUUCCGCUCCGAGGACGCAGCAAAGGCAUGGCGCUGGCGACGACUAGCAACUGGAUUUUCAACUUCAUCAUAGGCAUGGCGUCCCCCGACGCCUUUGCAGGGAUACAAGGCUACUUUUACUUGGUCAUUGCGGGCUUUUGUCUCUUCUCCGCCUUCCUUGCCUGGAGCUACUAUGUUGAGACGGCCGGGCAUACGCUGGAGGAAAUUGCCAUGGCAUUUGGCGACAAGGCUUUUAUUGACGCUGACGAGGACGUUGUAAGGAGUACGAAUUUUGCCACCCAGACAAACCAAGAGAAGACCAAAGUUUAG